AGUGCGUUUUUAUAAACUUUCUUUUGUCUCCUCUCCUCCUUUCCUUUGCCAGCGCUCCUUCCUUGUUUUUAAUUUAUUCCUUUAAAAAAUGGAAAACUAUUUCUUCUCUUAACUAUACAAAUCAUUUUCUUUCACCGAGUCUCGGAUAUCGCUUGCCUUCCUUUUCCCCCUUCUUUAUAGUUUUUCUUCCCACUUAAACAAACCCCAUCUUAGACAGUUUGAAGUCUAAAUUAAUCCAUUAAUUAUAUACUAUUAACCAUUGUUUUUAGAUAAUAAAAUUUUAAUCCUUUGGUUUCCUUGUUUUGAUGCUGGCAUGGCCGGUCUUUUCGAUGCUCGUCAUCAGCUUCACAGACCCGACCUUCAUCUCCAACACCGACCUAAACCCGAAGAGCAUGAUGCUUCCAACAACCGCGUUGGUGGUGGUGCACAGUAUGGCUCGGCCGAUCAUCAACGAGACGAUGAGUCAACUCACCAGGGUCUAGACCUGGUCAACGCUGCCAACUCGGGGUCAGGUGAUGACCUUGUGGCUCGUAGGUCAAGGGGACGUUCUCCGGGCUCGAAGAACAAUUCUAAGCCACCGGUUAUCAUAGCAAGGGAGAGUGCCAACACGCUCCGAGCUCACAUUCUUGAGAUUGGGAACGGCUGCGAUGUGUUCGACUGUAUCGCCAACUACGCUCGGAAAAGGCAAAGAGGUGUCAGUAUAUUGAGUGGCAGUGGUACAGUGACCAACGUGACCAUUAGGCAACCAUCGGCAGCUGGAGUUGUGGUUACCCUCCAAGGCAGAUUUGAGAUUCUGUCUCUCUCGGGUUCUUUCCUGCCUCCGCCGACUCCGCCAGGCGCCACCAGUUUGACAAUCUUUUUGGCCGGUGGACAAGGUCGGGUUGCAGGAGGGAGUGUGGUUGGUGAGCUAAUGGCGGCGGGACCUGUUAUUGUUAUAGUUUCGUCGUUUACGAAUGUGGCCUAUGAGAGGCUACCUCUGGAAGAGGAUGACCAGCUGCAGAUGCAAUCCGGAAGCGGCGGAGGAGGUGGUGGAAAUAACAUGUUUGCUGAUGCAGGAGCUGCCCCAGGUGGGUUGCCUUUCUUUAAUUUGCCUCUAAAUAUGCCCCCUAACGUCCAGUUAUCGGUUGAAGGAUGGCCUGGAAACUCAGGUGCUAAUAGGCCUACUACGUUUUGAGAACUUUUCAAUGGUAAACUCAUGGACUAGUUAUCAACUUCUUCUUACACUUUCUCUUAUGUUGAUGUUAAGUUUAGUUUUUUUUAUUAUUAUUUUUUUCUCAAUCUUUGUUUUAGUUCCUUUUGUUAAUCUUUUUUCUGGUUUCUUUUGGGAUUUCUGGAAAUAGUCCUUUCUUGUUCAUGGUUUGAUAUGAUGUAUUAACUUCUGUUGGAUAAUAUAAUCAGUCACUGAAUUUUCAGUGUUACUAACAGAUCAAAUUGGGUUUCCCUCUUGCUUUAAUUGUUGUCCCUUCAUCUUUUCAAAUCUUUCAUUUCAG